UGGCCAUUGUUGAGUAAAGUAAAGGCGGUUGUUGGGCUGCCCUGAGCGUGAUGACUUAGUGAUGUUUCGGCGGGAUUAUUGCGCUGCUUAGCCGCCAGAUCCAGAAGACAGGAAGACGCGCUCGAGCUCUUAGCUCUGACAGGAAGCGCCCACUCAGGGAUAUCGGAUGCAACAAGGAUGGGGACCUUGGUGACCCUGGCGGAGGUCUUGGAGGAGAGGGGGGCGGCGCUGGAUGAAAAGGAGGUGUGGUCUAUUCUCAUGGCCGCCGCCCACUCAUUACAGGACCUCAACAGCACAGGUUCGGGGGGUGUGUGUAGCGUCAUCACUCCUGGGUCCCUCCUCCUCUCCUCCAAUGGGACUGUUGCCUUCAAGUCAUGUGACCGUUUCGGGGGCGUGGCUUCCUUCACCGCUCCAGAGGCCUUGCAAACCAGAAACCCCUCAAGCAGAGCAGAGAAGAUGUCGGUGUAUUCUCUGGGGAUGACGCUCUAUUGGACGGUCGACUACCAGCUGCCAUCCAAUCAGCCGGUGCAGCUGAGUGAGCGCCUGAACAGUGUGCUACUGAGCAUGUGCGAAGAGGCGGAGUCACAGCGUCCAGAGCUGCAGGAGUUGAUGGAAUCCUACGAACAACAGAAGCGACACACACCCCUCCCCCCACACACACGCGUCAUACAGCACUUAGUGGCCGACACACACCACGACCAGGGUUGGCGUUGCAGAACAGCUGGGGCCGAAGUUCGGUUUGCCAAGCACUCCAGGAGACUAGGAGCUCACACAGGCAUCAGCUGUUUGGGCCAUCGUCAUAGAGACAGCAUGGCGUACGGCUCUCCUGGUCUCCAUCGAGACAGCAUGGCGUACGGUCACCGCGACAGCAUGGCGUUUGGGUCUCCUGGUCACCAUAGAGACAGCAUGGCGUUUGGGUCUCCUGGUCACCAUAGAGACAGCAUGGCGUUUGGGUCUCCUGGUCACCAUCGAGACAGCAUGGCGUUUGGCCCCCCAGGUCAUCGAGACAGCACGGCCUCGUGGUUGAACAGGAGCCCUCUGGUGGACGGAAUCAGAACUCCACGAGACUCAUUUGGGUCCUCAUGCAGCCUCACACAGCGGACUCUCAAGAACGCUGGUCCAGAGUUUGUGAGGAUGCAGGACGAGCCGCUGGUGAUUCUGGAGCUGCCUGAGUCACUCACGGCCAAUAAGAAGCGUUCGGGUGCGGGUCAGAGGGACUUGCGUGUUCUGAUGCCGUCGGGUCAGAAUGUUCUGGUGAAGUGUGAUGUGAAGUCCAAGACGGGCCAAGUGCUCGACAUGAUCAUCGCACACUCCAACCUGGUGGAACACUUCUACUUUGGACUGGCAUACAGUCAGGAUGAUGAGUUCUUCUUCCUGGAGGCGGAGUCUAAGCUGAGCAAGGUGGCGCCGGACGACUGGAGGAAGAGCUCCGCCUCCUCCUUCACGCUCCACUUCCGGCUCAAGUUCUUCAUCUCUGAUGUCACCAUGCUGCUUCACAGGCUGACGCGUCAUCAGUACUACCUCCAGCUGCGUAGAGAUCUGCUGGACGAUCGACUCAACACGGACGUGGAAACACAACUCUACCUGGCAUCCCUAGCACUGCAGGCGGAAUAUGGAGACUACUCACCUGAGGUGUGUGGGCGUAACUACUAUCGUUCGGAGCACUACGUGAGUCGAGGAGUUCUAUCCAAGAUGGCCGCCCCCUGUCUGAAGGACGAACUGCUGAAACUGCACGCCCAGAACGCAACGCUGCUCACAGACGACGCAGAACUGGAGUUCCUCAGGACGGCGCAGCAGCUGUCGGAGUACGGCGUCCUGUUCCACCGGGUGGCGCGUGAGAAGAAAGGCAUGCUGGGAGAUCAGGUGCUGGGCGUGUGUUCUAAAGGCGUGGUGGUGUACGACGUGAAGGACUCGCUACGCAACGUUAACACACGCCUCCUCUGGAGAGACACACUCAGCAUUUCAUCAUCGAGGCGUAAGUUCAUCCUGGAGGUUGGAGUGAGUAAGAAGAAACACACCUUCCACACAGCACGCUCUCACGUGGCCAGGUAUCUGUGUGAUCUCUGCUCUGCACAGCACAAGUUCCACAAGGAGAUGACGUCACGCCAACUCAGCCACAGCGCAGCGUCAGAGGAGAGUAUAGUUCAGUACUCCACCGCGUUCCGUGCCCAGAACACAACAGCCAAUGACAUGAGCCGGCUGUGUGAUGACAUCGCCUCCCGUCUACAGGCCAAAAUACACCAGCAGAGAGGAUCACUAAGUGCCGGUAACACUCCUGUCAUGCGGCGCGUCAUGGCAACGACUGUAGAGAGACGACCAGAAGCCCCAGUCAACAUGUCACCACCUAGAGGUUUCUGCUCCAUACAACAGGGAGGGAAGAACUACAGCCUUGUAAACCAGGAUCUUAGUUUGGGGUCUCAGGUCUCUGUCAUCAAAGACUCUUUUUCUGAGUUUGGCAUAAGCUCCACAGGCACAGCUCAGACGGUGGUUGACCUCAGAGUCUAUGUCAGCUUUGGAGGAGAGCAGACUGCCAAGGUAGGAGAAGUGGUCAACAUUUUCCAGGGUAGCAUCGUGUACUUUGAUGCUAACACUCCUACCAGGAUGCUCGACAGGGAAACUGUGUGUGUCACGCUGAAGAGGGACCCUCAAUAUGGCCUUGGUAUCGUAAUAGUAGGAGAGGAUAACAGCACCGGUCGUUUGGAUCUCGGAAUCUUCAUCGCGUCGGUGGUUCCGGGAGGACCAGCGGACCGAGACGGACGCAUCAAACCAGGGGGUCGUCUGAUCUCCCUAAACGGCGUGAGUUUAGAGGGCGUGACCUUCAGUGAGGCCGCUGACAUCAUGCAGACGAGCAGCAGCGAAGUCACACUCAUCGUCUCUCAGACCAGAGCUCCCAGCAUGCCUACAGUAGGUCGCCUGCUGGCCAGGAACUACGACUCCCAGAGUACCUUGCUGCUGGAGAAGAAUCGUCAUGGUAACGAUGACGAUCUAGACGAGCUGGUGUCCGUUAUGAUGACGCCCAAGUCAGGAGCAAGACUGCACGUGCCUGACGUACGCAUACGCAACGCACAGGACAGUCCGUCUCUCUCUGGGUCCUGGUCCAGUUUGAGGACUGAAGAGUUUACUGUGGAGUUGAGGAAGGAGGCAGGAGGACUGGGAAUUAGCAUCACUGCUGCAGUGAACUCCAUCAGCCAGCAGAGGGGGAUCUACAUUAAGAACCUGGUGGCAGGGGGCGUGGCCGAGACCGACGGGCGCAUCCAACCAGGUGAUAAGCUGUUGGAGGUUGAUGGUGUUCGUCUAGAUGGAUUCUCUAAUCAGCAGGCAGCGGAACAGCUGUCCAAGACAGCAGAGGUGGUGACUCUGCUGCUUGAGCGUGACUCCCUCCUUUUGCCGGACCACAGCUCCUCCACCACGCUCAGCAACCACAGCUUCCCCUCCAUCACCAUGACAACGCCCUGCUCUGCACGCCCCAAAGACUACAGCUUCGUCUCCGACGACAACAUCAUGGAGGUGACCCUCCGUAAGCGUCUGAAUGGCCUGGGUUUCAGCUUCCUGGUAGCUGAGCUCGACACCUCAUUGGACAGUGGCACGGUGGUGUUGGUCAAGCGGCUGUUUCCCGGGCAACCGGCCGAGGAGAGCGGACUGAUGCGCGAAGGAGACGUGAUACUGGCGGUCAACGGGGAACCGCUCAAGGGACUAACCUACCAGAGGGUUCUGCAGCUGCUGCGAGGAUCCCAGUCGGACGUUCAACUGCUGCUGUGUAGACCUCAAUCAGGAGUGUUGCCUCCCUUGUCAGAUAAGAUCGGCCAACUGACCUGCAGCUGAGCGGCAUACACACACA